AUAUUGUAUCUCAAUUUGGAAUGGAAACUGUUAUCUUACACACAGCAUUGAUGCUGAGAAAACGAAUUGUUGUCUAUCACCCCAAAAUAGAAGCUGUCCAGGAGUUUACCAGGACCCUGCCUGCCCUGGUGUGGCAUCGGCAGGAUUGGACCAUCCUACAUUCUUAUGUGCACCUCCAUGCUGAAGAACUAGAAGGCCUGCAGAUGUGCACAGGCUACAUUGCUGGCUUUGUGGAACUGGAGGUGAGCAACAGACCAGACCUCUAUGAUGUGUUUGUGAAUCUGGCUGAUAGUGAGAUCACCAUCGCUCCACUUGCAAAAGAGGCCAUGACGAUGGGCAAACUGCAUAAAGAAAUUGGUCAGCUCAUUGUGCAGUCUGCAGAAGACACAGAGAAAUCAGACAGCCAGGUUAUACAGGACAUUGCCCAAAAAACAAAAGAAAUCUUCACCAACCUGGCACCAUUUUCAGAAGUAUCAGAUGAUGGGGGAAAGAUCAUUCUCAAUGUUGAGGCACUGAAGCAAAAGCGGUUCCCACCUGCGACAGAGAACUUCCUUUAUCAUUUAGCAGCAGCUGAACAGAUGUUGAAGGUCUGACUGUCUAGUGUCUUGCUUGGCCUCUAAAGAGCUUCCCUGUUAUUCCUAGUACACCCUGACCUUAUACAGUACUGGAAUUACAGAGGAACCCUCUGUUUUCAAUGUUUCAAGAUCUGACCUGAGAAAGACAGUGCUGGACAGUCCUAAUGGUGGAGCCAUAUAGAUCAGCACAUGAAAGCCAUCAUUGUUCAUCCCCAUUUGUCUCGUUGUAGCCAUAAACUUAAUGGUUUACUUUCAGAAAGCUGCCUCAAAGUUCGCUUUGUAUUCUUUUAGGAAAAAACUUGAAUUCCUUAUUUUACUUUCUGAGUUUAACUACUAUGUUUUCUGCAGAAUUGUCUAGAAGGUCACCCAAGAGAUAAUGUAGUUGUACUUUCUUGUGAAAGAAAAUGCUGGGGGGGGGGGGUUGAAAUUUUGCCUAUAUUAUGAAGUUUUUUUAUGGGUUUUAUACUUGAGUAGACAACUCCAACAACCUUUAUAACUGCCCUAGGUGUAAGUAUUUGUCAAACAUCAGCCAUUAGUACUCUUGGACUAACUGCUGCUAGCAGUCUUUGGAAAAGAGAUAGAAGCAGCUCCCUUUAAGGGUAAACAUGCAUAAGAAACAAUACCUUGGUUGUUUUUGUUUGCAGUGCUGGAGUUAGAACCUGCAGCCUUGAAUAUGCCAGGCAAGUGCUUUCCCACCAAGCUAAACCCCCAACCCAAUAAUGCUUUCAUAUAUUGGUAAAGGAACAUGAGAAUCAAAUUGCAGAGGCCAAAACUAGACAGGGCCUUCAAGUGAUGUCAGUAAAAGUGAUUUGGCUACAUCAUCAAGGACUCUGUUAUUAGACAUUCUUGAGAUCUUAAAAUUGCCAAACAAGCACAAAUGUCUAAACUUUAAUUAUGAUAGGCCACUUCCUUAGUAGAAUUGAGAACAUUCAAAUUUUACCAGGAAACAUGUUUGCAAAAACUUUAUCUAAGUUGGGUAUUUUUUAAAACUUUAUUGUUAGACGUUUAAGUAAAAAUAAAAAUAGCAUUUCCAUUUUGUCCUUGGGUGUGAACAGGGAGGACCUGAAAGAAAUUGUUUACUGUAGCUAACAAUUGAAGAUUAAAUUUGCACUUUAUGAAAGUAA